AUGAACGAGCGCGAGAGCUUCAUCAUCGAGGACCUCGACGAGAGCCACCUCGUCAUCAAAGCCGAGCAGGAGUACCGCGUGCGCAAGGAGCUCGAGGCAGAGAACUAUGCCUUCCCCGGUGGACUUAUGAUUGGAACGGACUCUCAUACCUACGAGGACAUGUCGCGCUCUGCUGCUCUCCUUAAGGAGGCCAAGGAUGCUGGUCUCGAGCUCAAGUCCAAGUUCACCGGUACCCCGGAUCAGAGCAAGUUCGUGCUACCAUCGCCCGUGACGGACAGAUUGAGGCUUUCGAGAACGUCGGAGGAGUUGUCCUUGCCAACGCUUGCGGACCUUGCAUCGGACAAUGGGACAGACAGGACGUUAAGAAGGGCGAAGCCAACACUAAACUCGACUCUUGUCGCCAAGCACGCUGACGGCUCCGUCGACGAGAUCCCUCUUGCUCACUCUUUCAACGAGGGUCAAAUUGAGUGGUUCAAGGCUGGCUCUGCCCUCAACUUGAUGGCUGCCAAGGCCAAGGCCGCUGGCUCUGCUUAA